UUUUUGCCAUAAGAAUAAUAGAAGUAGCUAGAAAGCAUUCUUCUUUAGGUAAGAAAGAACGAGCUGUGUGGACUCAAUCUCUAUAUUAGAACUCACGACUAUAAUGAAAAGAAUGAAAUUAUAAACACUAUAGUGAACAAAUUAACACCAACUUGUUAUCAACUGUGAGUUUUUAUUUAAUAUUGUACACAUUUGUUAGUUUUACAUACUUGCUAAAUUAAAUUAAAGCCAAAACCUAAUAUGAGACCAGUUUUAUUUUACUACUAAGGAAAGGGACAGUUAUAUGACUACCUUCAAAUUUCAAAGGGAAGGUUGGUUGAUGGAGGAUUAACAAUUUCAGAGGACCUAGGAACCACUUUAUACUAUAUUCAUAUAAGGUACUACAAAUUCUUGAAUAAAUACUCAUUCUAUGCCAAAAACUGCCUUUGAAUUUAAAAAAGUUUUUAUUCCCAUUUGCUCAAACUAAAAACAGGUACAAUUUUUUAGAUUGUUAUAAUAAAUCCGUUUUAUUUAUGAUUUUUUUCAUGUUGUUUGAAAGCGAUAUAAAUUAUGCUGGAUAAUAAUAGAGAAUUAAAUUAUCCAAAUGUUUCUUUCUUUUCAAUGCGAAGAUGGAUUAUCUGUAUCUUCAAAAGAAAUGCAUGAGUUUCAAAAGCAUGUAACUGAGUGGUGGAGGCCUGGUGGACAGUAUGCUGGUUUGCGAUCUUUAAAUAAGCUACGAGUUCCAUUGAUUAAAAAGUUGCUUCUAUCCAACGCUAAAGUAAAACAGAGCCAACCUUUGUCGGGUUAUCGGGUUUUAGAUGUUGGUUGUGGUGGAGGCAUUUUAGCAGAGCCUAUUGCUCGGUUGGGUGCAAAUGUUUUGGGAAUAGAUCCAUUACAAGACAGUAUUGAUGAAGCUAAACAUCAUGCUUUGAAAGACCCUGAUUUAGCAACGCUAAGUUAUGAAUGUUCGACCAUUGAAGAGCUUGCUGAGAAGCAAAGUAACUGUUUUGAUAUUGUGCUUGCAUCAGAAGUUUUGCAAUAUGUGGACAGUCCUGAUGUGUUUUUACACAACUGUUGCAAACUGAUCAAGCCUGGUGGCCAUUUGUUUGUCACAACAAUUAACCGUACCCUGCUUUCAACUAUAUUUGUCAAAUAUGCUGCUGAGAAUUUGCUACGCAUUGUUUCGCACAAUAGUUGGGAUGAAACCAAAUUUAUCACCACGGAUGAACUCACAGACAUGCUCAGAAGAAAUAACAUGAACAGUUUGGUUUAUCGAGCGGGUGUGCUGAAAAAUUUUAAAAAUAGGGCGGAGAAAGGCGUAUCGGCGGUCGUGGCGGUUAUGCUGAAACAAGCUCCUGAUAGGAAAGACGGUGGUCUUCGAGUUACGAAUGAAUCUCACAUACCUUUGGUAGGUAUGUACAUGACACUUAAAAUCAACUUUAAACGUCGAUCUAUAUUAGCUGACUUAUUGAAACAAAAAAUUCUAAGUUACGUCGUUUGCUCACUUUUUUCUUACUGGUUUAUUUUUUCUAACAUUCUUACCAAAACGUCUUACAAAAACGUCUAA